AUGACAGCUUCCUUGCUGAUGCUUGCUUACGGUGCUGGGGCAGAUCAAUGUGCUGAGUAUUGUCAGAUGGCGAAAUCCACCUCCGUCGUAGCCCUUCAGCGAUUUACACGAGGAAUUGUUGAUCUUUACUCAGUAGAAUACCUCCGCGCUCCUACUGCUGUCGACCUCAGACGACUUCUUGCCAAAGCUGAGAGGAGAAGUUUUUCAGGAAUGAUUGGGAGCAUCGACUUCGCAUCUUACGACACCUGGAUUUGGCACGCAUUCUUUGGAAUGCCCGGGGUAUGCAACGACCUCAACGUCUUGGCAAAGUCUCUGUUGUUUGAUGAGCUUACCGCCGGUAGAGCACCUCAGAUCCAAUUCCGAGUUAAUAACAGAUUUCACAGUUUAGGGUACUAUCUCGUUGACAGUAUUUAUCCUCGAUUGGCGACUUUCUUGAAAACAGUUCGAAAUCCUACACACCCCAAGGAAAUCGAGUUUGCAAAGGUUCAAGAGGGGUAUAGGAAGGAUGUAGAAAGAUGUUUUGGUAUAUUACAGUCACGCUUUGCUAUUGUUAGAGGAGCUGCUCGUGGGUGGCAUAAAGAGGACCUUCGAUACAUCAUGUUGACUUGUAUUAUAUUACACAACAUGAUUGUCGAGGAUGAACGACCUAAAAACAGCGAUGAUGAGUUGGAGUCCGAUGAUGAAGAGGAUAACAAUAUGAGGCCCAGUAUUGCUGAGGUAUGGGAGGGACCAACCGGUAGAGACUUUGAUCCUAUUGGUAGAGAUGGUCAUAAUAUGAACGGAUUCAUGGACCACUACCAAGAAAUUAGAUCUGAGCACAGUCACUCCAACCUUCAGGAAGAUCUCAUUCAGCACUUUUGGUAA